UAUAGAGCCAUUGUACUUGUACUGAUACUGAUGAGCACAGUUAUCAAUACAGCCCAUGGAGAAAUUAAAGAGGAAAACACAGAGAGAAUGCACCACAAUUGCCAAACCCAAGCUGGAAUGCAAGAGAAUACCGGGUUUCCUGAGAAUGUGAAGAUUCAUAUUCGCACUGGACGCAUAGAAUCAGUCAAGAUCCAUCCUAAUGUUAGGAAUAAAUCCCUCUCUCCAUGGGACUACAGAAUUAAUGAAGACCCCAAUAGAUUUCCUCAUGUGAUUGCUGAAGCCAAGUGCCGCCAUGAUGUCUGUCUGGAUUUCACAGGGCGGGCUUUAUAUCAUGGCAUGAACUCUGUUCCCAUUCAACAGGAGAUCUUAGUACUCAAACGUAAGCAAAUUGGCUGCCAGCAAACCUACUCAUUGGAAAAACAAUUGGUUACUGUUGGCUGUACCUGUAUCAUUCCAACUAUCAUUGCCUACCCUACAAAGGGUGGCCGAAAACGCAGAGAGCUGACCUAUGGGGGUAAACAGUCCACUGCUGGCAGAAAGAGACAGCAUAUACAGAACACACUUGGAUGA